UUUGUUUGUUUAGAUAUUGAUAGAGUAUCAGGAUGGCACAUCAACUUCAUUUAGAGAAGGAAAAAUACAGACAGUGGGUAAAAGCUGGUUUAGGACUUGGAUAUUUAAAGGAGGGACUGGUACCAUUCUGUAAUGACAUAGCUGACCAACAACAUAAGGAUAUCUUACAAAACAUCAGGACUACAAAGUCACUACCAUCAACUGUGACGUGUGGCAGCUGUCGAGUUGAAACUCUCAAGCCAGACCAUAAGCCAGUACCUGGGAAUGCUGGAAACAAAGUUUGUCCUCUUGGGCAAGUAAAAUGCAACUGUUGCUUUAAGGGAAAAAUUGCUUGUCCGAACAACAUAUGUGGCGCCAUCUAUGAUUUUAUUGUGCAGCAUCAUUCAUCCUCACCACCUUCACCUAACUGGAAAAACAGCGAUGCUCAACAGUGGUCGACACACCCUUGGAGCAUUUGUAAGUGUUUUAUAAAUGCUCCAGGGUACGAGCAGAAACAAUCUGCUGGUGAAACUGAUUGCACUGGGUUAUUACAUCUAAUGAUAAAUAACCAGUAUUUUCAUAGCCACAUUGGAUGCAAUGUCACAGGAACAAACAACCUUUUUUCAAAGGUACGUCAGUAUAGAAAUAAUAUUUUCCACUCAAGCAGCAUGGAAUUAGAAGAAAGUGAGGCCAAUUCAUAUAUUGACGAUAUGAUAGCAGUUUUACAAGAUGGUAAAGAGCUAUUACACCGAUCAGAUGCCCAGAUAGCAGUGAAGAAACUUCAAGAUGUAAGUGUAAAUAAUGAAUUGUGUCAGUUUGAAAUCUUUAUGGAGUUAACUUAUAAUGAUUUAAGAUACAGUACAGAUAACGAGGAAUAUGCAAAAUCCUCAGAGGAUCGAGGAAUCCACUCGCAACUCCGCCAGAGUAUUUGUCCAUAAAAACGAGUGACUCCG